UAACAGAGCAGGUUAUCAUAUACCUUAAACCCGGUAUACGAACAAGGUAUCUUUGCAGAGAAUAGCAUUCCUGGCGUCGUGAGAAGUCAAGCAGGCAAUAAUGAGGUUGCUUUUGAUUUUAUUUGGAGUUCUUUUCGCUGUCGCUAUUAGUGAAGCUCGGCCUACUCAACCUUGGUCAACAGCCCAGCCUUGGUCAACAUCGAAGCCUUGGUCAACAACGAGGACUCCAGAAAAAGGAUAUGUCUCUGUCCAAACCAAUUGUAACUAUACUAGUAGUAACAGUCACAGUGGAGAGAUUACUUCCCCUUACUACCCAUCAAACUAYGGAAACAAUCAGUAUUGUUACUGGUUACUCACUUCCACUUCAAAAAUAAACCUCAAGUUUGUGGACUUUGAUUUAGAAAAUUCUUAUGAUUUUCUUACUGUAUACAACGGCAAUGGCCCAAACUCAAACUCUACAUUUGUUCCAUUUACUGGAAAUGAACUGCCAAUUAUUAAUUCAAGCUCCUCCACCCAGCUGUAUAUUGUAUUUGAGACUGAUGGAUCGAUAUCGAAGAGGGGGUUUCGGGUUAGAUAUGAAGCUGGGCCUACUCGACCUUCAACAUCCCGGCCUUGGUCAACAUCCCGGCCUUGGACAACAUCCCGCCCUUGGUCAACAGCCCGGCCUUGGACAACAUCCCGUCCUUGGUCAACAUCCCGGCCUUGGUCAACAGCCCGGCCUUGGUCAACAGUACGGCCCUCAUUUGCCCCAAGAGGAAAUGUCUCUGUCCAAACCAAUUGUAACUAUACUAGUAGUAACAGUCACAGUGGAGAGUUUACUUCCCCUUACUACCCAUCAAACUAUGGAAACAAUCAGUAUUGUUACUGGUUACUCACCUCCACUUCAAAAAUAAACCUCCAGUUUGUACACUUUGAUUUAGAAAAUUCUUAUGAUUUUCUUACUGUAUACAACGGCAAUGGCCCAAACACAAACUCUACAUUAGAUCGAUUUACUGGAAAUGAACUGCCAACUAUUAAUUCAAGCUCCUCCAACCAGCUGUAUAUUGUUUUUGAGUCUGAUGGAUCGAUAUCGAAGACGGGGUUUCGGGUUAGAUAUGAAGCUGGGCCUACUCAGCCUUCAACAACAGCCCCGCCAUGGUCAACAGCCCGGCCUUGGUCAACAGCAGGGCCUUGAUCAACAGCCCGGCAAGAACAAAUGGAAUGGGAACACAGAGGCUAAAGUGUAGUAAAAUAGAUAUUUAGUUCAUCUAAGUAGACAGCCUGAAAAAUGAAAAGUGUUCUCAUUAAAUAAAAGCAGAUCUGACAAAUCUA